UAUACAUUGUCACCGAUGAAAAGCAAUAAAAAAGACUUCGUGUGUGAUCAUCACACUGUGAUGGGACCUGACGGUGGCGUUGGUGGUCAUAAUAAGGAGGAGGGUAAUAUAGUAACUUUAGCGUAGGGACUAUAGUUCCAAAACCUUUUAUGAGAGAAAGAGUGAAGUUCUUUUUCACUUCUUUUGAAGAUCGUGUGUCUCGUGAGAAGUUGCUUUUUUGGAGGUUUCCCAUGUCUAUCAGUAUCAUCACCACCAUCGAGAAAAUAUCAACACCAACCAAACAAUACAACAUCUAAGAAACGAAGAAGAAGAAGACUCAAUGCCAUGUACUACAUCAUAUCUUCCUCUUCUUCUUCUUCUGCUUCUCCUCAUCUUCCUUGUUCCACCGUCUGAAACUGCUCAAAACAAAGUCAUCAUCAAAGGAAACCAAACGAUUCUGAGUUUCAAAUCUAUCUUCCGGCUUGGUUUCUUCAGCAACAAUGGUUCCUCCAAUUGGUAUUUGGGUAUCUCCUAUGCUUCUCUCCCUACUCCUACCCACGUUUGGGUCGCCAAUCGAAUCCGACCCGUUUCCGAUCCCGUCUCCUCCACGCUCGAGCUCACCUCCACCGGUCACCUAAUCGUCAGAGACUCCGUCUACGGCGUCGUUUGGCAGACUGAUAACAAUGAACCCGGUACCCAUUUCCGGUUCUCUGAAACCGGUAAUCUGAUUUUGAUCAAAGACGACGGUUCUCCGGUUUGGCAAAGCUUCGACAAUCCCACCGACACGUGGCUUCCGGGUAUGAAUGUCACCGGCCGUACCACUAUGACUUCGUGGCGGACGCUGUUCGAUCCUUCCCCUGGUUUUUACUCUCUCAGGCUGAGUCCAAGCUUCAACGAGUUCCAGCUUGUUUACAAAGGAACCACCCCUUACUGGUCCACCGGUAACUGGACCGGAGAAGCCUUCGUCGGCGUACCGGAGAUGACUGUUCCCUACAUCUACAGGUUCCAUUUCGUUAACCCUUACACUCCCUCCGCCUUCUUUUGGUACAUCGUCGCACCGUCGAAGGCCAACUCCGAGCCGAUGCUAACGCGGUUCAUGGUCGACGCCAACGGCCUGCUGAGACAGUACACUUGGGAGCCGCAGACGCAGAGCUGGAACAUGUUCUGGGUUCAGCCGGAUACUCCCUGCUCCGUUUACAGUCUCUGUGGUCAGUUAGGGUUCUGCAGCGGCGAAUCGCUCAAGCCAUGUGCCUGUUUACGCGGUUUCCGGCCUAGGAACGACGCUGCGUGGAGAUCUGAUGAUUUCAGCGACGGAUGCCGCCGUGAUAACGGGGAUUCCGGCGAAAAGAGUGAUGAUACUUUUGAGGCGGUUGGUGAUCUACGUUACGACGGCGAUAUAAAGAUGUCGAGGUUGCAGGUAAGCAAGAGCUCUUGCGGCAAAACCUGCUUAGGGAACUCUUCUUGUGUUGGUUUUUAUCAUAAUGAGAAAUCGAAUCUCUGCAAAAUGUUACUUGAACCGCCGGUUAAUUUGAAGAAUUCGAGCUCAUUGACCGGAGUUAAUGGUGAUCUAUUGUAUAUCAGAGCUCCAAGGAAAGGGAGUUCCAAGGGAGACAUCUCUAAGACCAUAAUUAUAUUGUGCAGCGUUGUCGGGUCAAUCUCUGUUCUUGGGUUUACUCUGUUAGUGUCAUUGAUUCUGUUGAAGAGGAAUCGAAAGAAGAAGAAGACGAGGAAGGAAGACGAAGAUGGGUUUGCUGUGUUGAACUUAAAGGUCUUCUCUUUCAAGGAGCUUCACGUAGCUACCAGUGGGUUCUCGGAGAAGGUUGGACAUGGCGGUUUUGGAGCGGUUUUCAAAGGAAGUUUACCUGGUGCUUCCACCUUUGUGGCCGUGAAACGCUUAGAAAGACCUGGAAGUGGCGAGAGCGAGUUCAGGGCUGAGGUAUGCACCAUUGGCAAUAUCCAACAUGUCAAUCUCGUUAGGCUUCGAGGUUUCUGUUCAGAGAAUCUUCACAGACUUCUCGUCUACGAUUACAUGCCACAAGGUUCCUUGAGCUCUUAUUUGUCUAAAACAAGCCCCAUGCUGUUAAGCUGGGAAACCCGUUUCAGGAUCGCUCUAGGUACUGCCAAAGGGAUCGCUUACCUGCAUGAAGGAUGCAGGGACUGUAUUAUUCACUGUGAUAUCAAGCCGGAGAACAUUCUUUUGGACUGCGAUUACAACGCUAAAGUGUCUGAUUUUGGCUUGGCUAAACUUCUUGGCCGUGACUUCAGCCGAGUUCUAGCCACAAUGAGAGGGACAUGGGGCUAUGUGGCUCCUGAGUGGAUAUCAGGUUUGCCCAUCACGACAAAAGCCGAUGUGUAUAGCUUCGGAAUGACAUUGCUCGAGCUGAUUGGUGGUCGAAGAAAUGUCAUUGUCAAUAGCGAUACAGUGGGAGAGAAAGAGACCGAACCUGAAAAAUGGUUCUUUCCGCCAUGGGCAGCGCGUGAAAUCAUACAAGGAAAUGUGGACUCUGUGGUCGACUCUAGACUCAACGGAGAAUAUAACACGGAAGAGGUGACGAGGAUGGCAACGGUGGCAGUUUGGUGCAUACAAGACAAUGAAGAGAUAAGGCCAGCGAUGGGAACGGUAGUGAAGAUGCUUGAAGGAGUUGUGGAAGUGACGGUUCCUCCACCACCUAAAUUGAUACAAGCUCUUGUCUCCGGGGAUUCAUAUCGAGGAGUGAGCGGCACAAGCUGUAGCGAAGGCCAUGGAUGUUCGGAUCUCAAUACUGGAUUGUCUAGCCCUGGCUCACGGUCGUCUUUUGGUAAACCUUCUUCUCCUUGAUCAAUUUUAAGAUGGUUUGGUAAAAGCCGGUCUUACAUGUUUUAAGCUUUUUUUUUGGCUCUCUAAGAGGGUUGUAAGGAAUUGAAGCUGUAUGUAUGUGUCAAUUUCCCAUUAAAAAAGGGAUGAGCGUUAGUCAAAGCAUACAUGAGUCACAUGAUUAAACUCACUCAUUCAUUACUAAUCGUAUUUUCAUAUAUAUCAUUAGUAAGUCAUUACU